GUUGUUCAAUUUGGGCCUCGUAAAGAGUCAUCUUCCUGUGUCAAUGCCUACGGAAGUGGGGCUUUGAAGUAAGAGAUAGUGUAGUAAUCACUCAAUUUAUCGCUGGACACUAGACAUCCAUCACCCUGUUUAGUGGUUUUGGGUGAUUUCAUAGGUACUGUACUUGGUGUUUAAAAGUUUUGUAGAUCUCAUUUGAUCACACCACGAAACGUGCUCUGUCAACACUGUCCGUUUGGUUCGCAAAGGACUUCGGCAUGAAUAUAUGUAAAAUGGAGUGCUUCUGAAAGAGCUCCACUGUUAGAUCUCUGGAACUUUGGACUCCAUUUGUGUCCUGUUGAGUAGAAAAUAUACUACAUCGAUUAAUCUUGUUACUGAGCGUUGAUUCUCGAGAGUCUUUGAACUAUUAUUGGAAGUCUUACAAAUGCUGAACAUACGUGUGUCCCCUCUCAAUAUGGCGGACAAUAAUUCACUUAAGUAUUCGAGUGACCAGCACACUUAUUGUGAUACUCAGGCUCUUAGUUCGUCAAAACCCUCUCCCGAUGAAAACUGGCCCAAGAAAAUGCUUGCUGCUCUCCAAGAUUCGGCUCCUCCCGAACCGAUUCGUCUUGCUUGCAUGAGUCCUGUUCCCAACAGGCCAUAUUUCUUUGAAGAAGAGUUCCAUGGCAAGAUCUCCAGGGAAAAAGUAAAUGAGCUCCUCAUUGGCGGCUCUGUUGAUCCUGCAAAUGGAAGAUUUCUUGUCCGAGAAAGCCUUUCCGCAAUUGGUGAUUAUAGUUUAUCUUUAACUUAUGGUGGUAAAGUCGAACACUACCGUUUAUUCUAUUCAAACGGGAAGUACUCUACAAGUAAAGAAGACAAAGAGAGGAAAUACGACAAGCUUGUAGACUUGGUAGUUGAUAUAUUGGAGAUGCUUCGAUAUGUCGAGGAAGCUCAAUCGGCGGAUAAGCAAGAAAAGAAAGCGGCAGAGAAAACUAAGAUUCAUUCCUUCAAGCUUUACGACUACAAGCAACCCAAGUGGUGUGACAUUUGUGGUGGAUUUAUGUGGGGACUCAAAGGCCAAGGAAUGAGAUGUGAUGUUUGUGGGAUGAAUGUGCAUCAGAAGUGCAGUAAAGACGCCAAAAGGGAAUGCAAGAAGCCAGAACUAAAAGAAAGACCAAAACCUGGAAAGAAAGGAAGCACAGCAGGCUUACCUCAACAUAGCAUUUCUGCAGAAACCUUCAGCACUCAAUGCUAUUAUCAGGAGGGUUGUGUGCGCUUUCUUAAUCAUCUCAACAUCCCUGUCUCACUAUUUGAUGUAAGGGCCCUAAACCCAUGCUACUGCAGUAACUGUUGUCAAGAAGUUGAAACUCCACUUUACAAACAAGGGGAUCCCCCAAGGGAAUACUCUAUGCCAAUGGGAUGGUGUCGGUUCCAAUUUAUGUCUUCUGGGAGAACCUUUACCGAAAAUAUAACCUCAUGGAAUAUGGCUUUCUUGUCCUUAAGUGCCAAUGAAAUCACAGAUGUGCUUGAAACCAUGUUUGGAGCCCAGACAGAGAAUUCUGAUGAAAUGCCCAAACCACUCACAAAAUUUACUCCCUCCAUUAUUUGUGCUGACCUGGACUCUCCAGCCACCAAGUACAUUGAUCAAGAAACAGAUGAACGAAGAGCUGGUCAAGUUGUUCUUCAAGUUUAUAUCCAGCCCUACUCUUACAGGUUGAUGGGUAGAGCUGGCUCUAAAGAAGAGAUAGAUCCUUAUUUCAAGAAAGAUACUAUUUACUGGGUGACAAAUCAGAUGUCUUCUGUGGUUCCAUUUGCUUUGCUGGUCAAGACUAUGGAUGCAACUUACCUACAGUUAUAAGAAUUUUCUAAUAAUAAAGCCAACUACAGCAGGCUACAUUUUWAAAAAAAAUGCAACAAUGCAAUGCAGUGUUUAGUUCAAGUCUGAUUAUAACGAAAACAAAUUUCAGCUUGUGGAACUUUAUAGUAAGUUUAUGAUUUCUUUAGAUUAAUAUUUGAUUUUCAUUUGAUUGAGACAUUAUAUAGUGGAACUGAGCCAAGCACCAGUAAAUGCCCAUGCUUGUAUAUGUAUAAAAAAUGACAGAGAUUGUCCAAAUGUAUUCAUUUUUUAACAGUAUUGUAUAUUAUGAUGAAAAAAUUCAGAAUCAUGCUUUGGAAAAUAAAUCAAUAUUUAUUUUUUGAAUCUCUGAUAUUCAAUGUACAUAAAAUCUAUUACAAAUAUUAAAUUUAGAAUCUGAAAGUAAAGAAAUCUGCAAUAUUUGGUAUCAUUUCUAAUAAGGGAGUUUUAACUAACUUAUAGAGAAAAUAUUUUGCAGACAAAAAUUUAGUAGAUAGAUAGAUAGAUACACUUUAUUUACUGAAGGAAAAUGUAAUUACAGAAAAAACUGUACUCUCCCUUACGGCCCUAAGUAAAUGUGAACAUUUGGAAUAGUUUUAUAUGUCAUAAAUAGAGUAGAUAGGCAGAAGCUUAUGAUCAAAAUCCAUGCAAUUAUCAAUUAUGACCUAGGAGGUUUCAAAGUCUUUUUCAUGUUUGUACGAAUUAAUUGCUAAAAGUAAAUUGUUUCUGUAAUUUAUAUCUUUGUUAUUCAAACAUGAUUGUGUCCCUGUUAGACUAAAAUAGGGAAAAUCCAAUUAUCUUUAAUUAUUGGUGAAGCUUCAUGUUAAAAAAAGGAAAUUCUUUUUGCUGAUUUUAAGCACAAAUAAAUUAUACCAAUCUACUUUA